AUGAGCUGUGGCUGGAUUUUGCUGCUUUUGCUGGGGCUACCAGCGACAAGUCACUCACUCGACUUCCGACUACAUUUUAACCGACGAAACGAGAAUCCAUCGGAUCAGACCACCAAGUCAUUUGAAAUACCCUACGAGCAAUUUGCACUACAACAGCAGCGAUUGCCGCUUCCGACAUUGGUGCCUACGGAUGGAUUACUUGAGCCAUCAUUUUCGGCCGAACUAUUGUCUCCGUCAUUUCCAAUUCUAAAGCAGUUAUUUUCAUCGGUAGAAAGAUUACAGCAGGAUUUUAAUGGAGCUCAAAUCACCACCAAACCUACAGCAGAACCAUCAUCGACAAUUUCAACGAUGGUUCCGCCACAGAAUGAUGCUCUGUUUACGACUACGACUGCUACUGCAAAACCAAAUGUGAAAAUGAGCAAAUUAUCGUUCAGACCUGUGAAAAAUGAAAGUUCUGGAGCGGCCGCUCACGUUUCUGUUCCAAGCCAUCGCUUGCUCAAUGACAUCCUUGUUAUACCAUCAAGUAGACGUCUUUACGUCCUGGCUAUUAUUCCUAUUCAUGAGUCAGCUGAUAAUCAGGUGAACUCGAAUAAAAUUCUCAAAGAUGUCGGACUUUCCUUGGGAGCUGUCAUCAUUGACAGCUGUUCUUCAGAUCUGAGAACAGUUGCGGAUCUCUUCGAACUUCUUUCUGGAACAAAUAUUCAAAAAUCCGAUGUGGUAGCUAUGAUACGUGAUGAUGACUCUUAUUUACCAAACUUGGAUCAACUUGCUCGUCACCUCCGCCUUCCUACUCUCAACACCUUCUUUUCGAAAAAGGAUAAGCCUUUAACCACUGGAACGCUUCCAUCAAUCGCUUCAGUAUUAGAGGCUAUGGUUGGGUUAUUGGAUCAUACCAAGAGCACGUGUCUUAGUUUGUUACAUGAUGAACUCCAUGAUGACACUAUUGACUUCAACCAGGAAAAGCGUCUUAGCAAGAAGUUGCUAAGAUCUAUGCUAUACUGUCUUAUUAAAACCUAUGUUUUGCUAAGACAGUAUAGCAGCAAAAUGAAAAGAUGUUCUCCUGUUCUUAACGCUGUCAAUGGAGUGGUUGUUGGUGAAGCAACCCUUCCAAUUUGGAGGGAUCCCUUCAAGACCUUGCUGAACCGGCAAGAGCCGUCAGUUCCUGAACUUGGGCACGUCGAUAGAAAGAGAUUUGCGGUUAACGAGGAACCACCGACGAAGUCUGGCGGUUCCUCGUUAACCGCAAAUCUCGGUCUAUCGUCUGGAGAAGCUACGCGCGAAGAGCAAGCUUGCCAGCGUCCUGGCCGAUCUACAACUGACGAUGUGUUCAUCGUCAGGAGAGUGAUUGAAUUCUGGCAGCGGUAUUUGGAGCCAAUGCACUUAGCGUUUCCGGACUUUGAAGCCGCUUUCGACUCUCCUCAUCAAAGCCCUCUUCUCAACGCGCUUCGCGCAGAUGGAGUACAAGGAAAGUUCGUUCGCUUGCCUGAUGACAUGAAUCAACAAAGAACUGCCGCAGUUCAAACACCAGCUGGAUGUACAACGUCGUUCGAAAUGGCAAUUGUAGUGAGACAAGGGGCAGUGGCAGGACCCUUCCUAUUCAACUUCUUCCUACUUCCUUCAGGAGAAGUUGUUCAGUGUUCUGUCGACAUCGUCUUAGCACCAUCAGGAUGCCUUUUGGCCGAUCUCGAAACGAAAAAAUGA